AUGGAGUCGAUUCGCGAGACGAUGCUGUUGAACUAUUUGUGGAAAGAGUUGAUUUCAGGUGGGAAGAGCGGAAUGGACGGCGGCUUAUCGUGUGUGAGUACGAAAGAUCGUGGCCGGCGAUUGUCCGCCCAAUUUUGUGGCGGAGAAGCACAUACUCUCAUCGAGUUGAUACUGCUGCUUACGGUUUAUUGUGAGUACGAGCUGGUCGUCAUGCAUCUCCAGAGUGAAGAACUUGAAUGCCGUGGGGAACAUGACACACUUGAAAGGGACUUCUAUGAGUGCUACGGCUUUGACAACGAGGAACAAGAACUCAGCGAAGACUUCGAAGACAUCGCUGACCACGCCGCCUCCAAACCACCCAGCGAACCAGAACAUAGACCGCCAGGCCGCCGCCCUCCAGGACCCUACUCCCGACGCUACCUUCCCACAGACACCGGUUCAGCACGGGCACAACCCGACCCGCGAAGGGGUCAGGACCCCCGAGGCUACUACCUUCCGCAAGCCAGCCAACUCCCAAACGUGGAACAGUAUCGGGGUCCACAACCCGGGGUUCUACUACCCGGGGGUCCUCAACCCGGACUCGAGAAUACGCCGCUCGGGGGGGCUCAACCCGGGAGUGCUGCAUACACUAAUGCCGGGCUCCCCCAACUUGGUCUCAUCGCUGUUGGCGAAACGUCGUGUCCGCCAAUGGUCUCCAUGCCCUUCGCUGGUGGUGGUUUCUCAGGCGGUGGUUUUCGAGUUGGUGAUUCUCCAGGUGGUGGUGGUUUCCCAGGCGGUGGUUUCCCAAAUGGUGAAGGGGGCGAGAAAGAGGCCCGGCUGGAUCCGCAAGUGGGUGGGACGCCCAACCGCGUGGCAACGCGAGAGAGUACCAUGACGGGGUCCGUCCCAGCGGGGUCUGUGCCUGCGAUUUCCUUCGGGCCGAGACCGACGGGCAUCUCGCCCCGAGCGGGGGCGAGUUCGCCGCGAGUCCCCGACGCCUUUGGCAACCCAACCUUGUUGCGGCCUGCGGCUCCAUCGCUUAUUUCGUCCUACCUAACCAAGUCGAACGUAUCCUCCGUCAUCCAGUCCAGCGUCUACAAGGACCCCCACGAAGGCAGCAAACUCCGCGCAUUCGUGCCUGAGAAUACCGAGCAGCGUCUCCGACUCCAACAUAUAUUCGAUUCCGCUACCGAACGUAUCGACAAGUACAAAGCCACCGCGGCCGCCGAUCUACUCAAAUUAUAUUCGUUGUCGUCAGACCCGGGGCACGACUCGUUAUCGGAUGCGGGUUUGUCUGCGUUGUUGGACUGUUGCCGGACGGGGUCGGGUGCGAGUGGUGUGUUGAAGCGGUUGCGGCGUGAGUUGUUGGAAACGCGGGAGCCGGCAGAGGAUCCUCUGGAGUUGUUCCGGCCGUCGUGUCUGUCGCUGUUGUUGCGAAUAAGCGCGUUCCACCCGAGUCGUCGGGUGCCGGUGACGGAGUUGUUGCGGGACGCGUUGCUUGGGUCGUUUGGGUGUGCGGCGCCAUUAACGGAGCGUGUGGAGUCGGCUCGGCGUCUGGUGCUAAGCG